CAGACGUUUAUUUGAGAACGGUUUCUUCUGUCGUGCACGUUUUUUUUAUAUCUCUCUAUUGCGCUAAAUAAAAUACAAUCUACAAAAUGUCGAUGUUCUGGGGAUUAAGUAUGAAACCCAACCGGAAAUACACACAAACCAUUGUGAAAUCGUUCCAUAUUUCGGGCGUAGCACUUGAUGAGGGCGACUCCGCUAAGGUUUACAUUACCGCAGAUAAAACCAAGUUCAUUGUUGCAACUUUAUCUAAAAGCUUGCCCCAAAUGACACUCGAUUUGAACUUCUGCAAGGGCGAUAAGAUUAUGUUUCAAACAACUGGAAAUGCUGUGGUUUCAUUGAUUGGCUACUUGCAUGAUACUGAUGAAUCUGAUGAUGAGUUCGAAGACGAAGAGGAAUAUGAGAAAGUUGUGAACGCUUUGAAGAAGGGUCAAAAGGCUAAAGGAGGUACCGACGCCAUUCAAUCUGAUGAAGAUGGUGGAGAGGAGGAUGAAGACGAGGACGAUGAUGAUGAUAUGGAUGAUAGCAAGCUCGCUGCUGAGUAUUCAUCAUUGCUCGAGGAUGAAUCUGGUGAUGAAGACGACGAAGAGGAUGACUCUGACGAGGACGAGGACGAGGAUGACUCUGAUGAAGAGGAUGAGGAGGAAAAUAACGCAGCUCCCAAGGCAAAAAAAGCCAAAAUAAAUGAGACUGCCAAAAAGCCAGCUAAGGAUCAGAAUGGAGUGACCAAAAAACAGGAGAAGCAACAGCAGCAGCAAAAAUCGAAGAAGGAAAACAAAGUGGUAGCUGGAUCUGAGUCGAAGAAAGAGCAGGUCAAGGCAAAGGAGGGUAAACAAAAUAUCGCUGCUUCUACUGUACCUGGUGGGGAGCGCACCAUAGCGGGUGGUGUUAAGGUCCAGGAUAUACAGGCAGGCAACGGGCCAGAGGCCAAGCAGGGUAAACGCGUGUCCGUUUACUAUGUUGGACGCCUUAAAUCCAAUAACAAAACAUUCGACAGCAUGCAGAAAGGAAAUGGAUUUAAGUUCGCCUUAGGCGCUGGAGAAGUUAUUAAAGGCUGGGAUGUAGGCGUUAGUGGUAUGAAGGUGGGCGGUAAACGUCGCAUUACUUGCCCAGCUCACAUGGCAUAUGGUGCACGCGGCCAUCCGCCCACUAUUCCGCCAAACUCGACGCUCGUCUUCGAUGUGGAGCUGAAGGCUGUACACUAAGGAAGCUUAAAGAAGAAAUUAGGCAUCUAAAUAUAGAAUUAAAUAUUACUAUGGAUUAUCAAUAUCAGCAGAUCGUUCGGUUAAGAAUG